GAAAAAAGAAGUCUGUGAUUCUUGUUAACCCAUUUAAGCAGAUCUUGUACCAUCCAAAGGGGGAAAAUGUUCCUGGCUGUUUUGUAUUGCCUUCUGUGGAGUUUCCAGAUCUCUUCUGCCCACUUUCCUCGAGCUUGUGCCUCCUCGAAGAACUUGAUGGCAAAAGAAUGCUGUCCACCCUGGACAGGAGAUGGGAGUCCCUGCGGCCAGCUUUCAGGUAGAGGUUCUUGUCAGGACAUCCUUCUGUCCAAUGCACCAUCUGGACCUCAAUUUCCCUUCAAAGGGGUGGAUGACCGUGAGUCCUGGCCCUCUGUGUUUUAUAAUAGAACCUGUCAGUGCUCUGGCAACUUCAUGGGAUUCAACUGCGGAAACUGUAAGUUUGGAUUUGGGGGAUCAAAUUGCACUGAGAAGCGACUCUUAAUAAGAAGAAACAUCUAUGAUUUGAGUGUCCCAGAAAAGAAUAAGUUUUUUGCUUACCUAAAUUUAGCAAAGCAUACUGUCAGUCCAGUCUAUGUCAUCCCCACAGGCACAUAUGACCAAAUGAACAAUGGUUCAACACCUCUGUUUAAUGAUAUAACCAUCUAUGAUCUCUUUGUAUGGAUGCAUUACUAUGUGUCAAGAGACACCCUGCUUGGAGGUUCUGAAAUCUGGAGGGACGUUGAUUUUGCCCACGAAGCACCAGGGUUUUUGCCUUGGCACAGACUUUUCUUGCUACUGUGGGAACAAGAAAUACAGGAGCUAACAGGGGAUGAGAACUUCACCAUUCCAUACUGGGAUUGGCGGGAUGCUGAAAACUGUGACAUUUGCACAGAUGAGUACUUGGGAGGUCGCCACCCUGAAAACCCUAAUCUACUUAGUCCAGCAUCCUUCUUCUCCUCCUGGCAGAUCAUCUGCAGCAGAUCAGAAGAGUAUAAUAGCCGUCAGGCUUUAUGUGAUGGGACACCUGAGGGACCACUGAUACGGAAUCCUGGAAACCAUGACAAAACCCAAACCCCGAGGCUCCCAUCUUCAGCAGAUGUGGAAUUUUGUCUGAGUUUAACCCAGUAUGAAGCUGGCUCCAUGGAUAGAACUGCCAAUUUCAGCUUUAGAAACACACUAGAAGGAUUUGCCAAUCCACUCACAGGAAUAGCAGAUUCUUCUCAAAGCACAAUGCACAAUGCUUUGCAUAUCUAUAUGAAUGGAACAAUGUCCCAAGUUCAGGGAUCGGCCAAUGAUCCCAUUUUUCUUCUUCAUCAUGCUUUUGUUGACAGUAUUUUUGAACAAUGGCUCCGAAGACACCGGCCUCUUCUGGAAGUUUACCCAGAAGCCAAUGCACCCAUUGGCCAUAACAGAGAAUCCUAUAUGGUUCCUUUCAUACCACUCUACAGAAAUGGUGACUUCUUCAUUUCCUCCAAGGAUCUGGGAUAUGAUUACAGCUAUCUACAAGAGCCAGAUCCAGGCUUUUACAGAAACUAUAUUGAGCCUUACUUGGAACAAGCAACUAGGAUCUGGCCAUGGCUCCUUGGGGCAGCACUGGUGGGAGCUGUUGUUGCUGUAGCUCUGACAGGGCUCAGCAGUUGUCUGUGCUGUCGUAAGAAGAGGCAGCUCCAGGAAGAAAGACAACCACUCCUCAUGGAAAAAGAUGAUUACCACAGCUUGCUGUAUCAGAGCCAUCUAUGAACAGCCUAGGAAACAGAAAUGGGCCAAAAGGUCUUACCUCAUGCUUCCUAUGUGUUGAUGGAGAUCAUUCCGACAGUUUUAAUCUAAUAUAAAACAUAGACCAUAGCUAUCUGUAGUACUAUUUCUGCUCAGUCCCCUCUUUUCUCCCAAGCCCUAGAUUCCAAGAAAGACUGGUGUUUGUUAAAAAGUCACUCUUCAUU